GCUGCGCGAGCGCAUAGCCUCGGUUUUAAUAGUCGGCGAACGGCUCGGGCCAGGCCAACCUGCGCCUCUCGAAAACACUGGUCCGCCUCCGUUCCCCUCUCCUCUCGGCUCUCUUAUCUCACCCUUCGUUUCGCUCGUCUCCCUCCCGCCGCAGCAGGUGGGGGGAUUCGAGUGUUGGGAGGUUUGCAUGCUCUGUGGUGGCGGUAGAGUUGGUGGUGGUGGUGGAUACAGAUGGUCAUGGAUGCUGGGGUGCACGACGUGUGCACGAUGCUGCCCGGAUCCAAGCGCGACGCGCACCUGCCGCUGCCAAUCUACCCCCAAAUCGCCGCCGCCAAUGGGUUCGCGACGGCGGAGGAGUUCGACCCGCUGCUGUUCCUUUCGCCCGAUGCGGUUUGCGGCGGCGGCGGCGGCGACUACCUGAAUAUUGUCUCCGCGCAGCCCAUCUCGGCGGCCUCCACCAACGGCGCGUCGCCGCCGAGAGAUGUCUCGGUCUCUGCUUCGGCGGCGUCGUCGGCGGCGGCGCAGCAUGACGACUCCGAGGCUUUCUCGGAUAUCGUCCUGGGGUACAUCAACCGCAUGCUCAUGGCCGAGGACAUCGACGAGAAGUUCGAGCACUACCCGGUGAACGCCGAUGAUCUGCUCGCCGCCGAGAAGCCGUUCCUCGAGAUCCUCGCCGACCAGUCGCCGUACUCGGGCGGCAGCUCGGUCGAGAGUCCCGACGGCAGCAGCGCCGCCAACUCCUGUAACAGCCUCAGUCCCUGCAACUGUAGCUCGUCCUCCGACGGGCUUGGCGCCGUGCCGCAGACGCCGGUCCUCGAGUUCCCCACGGCCGCCUUCUCGCAGACGCCCCAGCUGUACGGGGAUCUGAUCCCCACGGGGGGCAUGGUGGAAUCGGGCGGCGCCUGGCCGUACGACCCGACGGAAUUCUAUCAGCUCCAGACCAAGCCGGUUCGUGAGAACCUCCCGUCGCAAUCUUCGUCGUUCGCGUCUUCGAACGGCAGCAGUGUUACUUUCUCAGAAGGAUUCGAGUCGUUGCUGAGCCCGGCUGGUGUCUUGCCUGAUGUUAGCCUGAAUGAUUUUGUUGUGCAGAACCAACAGGCUUUGCAGUUCCGCCGCGGGUUUCAAGAGGCAAGCAAGUUUCUUCCUGAUGAGAGCAAGCUUGUGAUUGAUGUGGAUAAGCUCUACAGUGGAGAUGAGGGGAGUAGGUUCCUUGGUGAGGUUAGACAAGAGAAGAAGCUUGUGAAGGUGAAGACAGAAACCUCUGAUGUUGAAUCAGCAGGUCACCGAGGAAAGAAGCAUUUCUAUGGUGAUGACCUGGAUGCGGAGGAAGGGAGGUGCAGCAAGCAUUCCGCGCAAGGGAUUGACACUGACCACCUUGUGAGGGAUUUGAUGGACAAGGUCUUGCUAUGCAAUGGUGAGACAUGCUCAAAAGGUGUUAAGGAGUUGCGUGAGGCUCUGCAGCAUGAUGUGGCGAAACAUUCAGGCGGAGGCCAUGGCAAAGGGUCCAGCCAUGGCAAGGGUCGUGGAAAGAAACAACCCAAGAAGGAGGUGGUUGACCUGGAGACCCUUCUCAUCCAUUGUGCUCAGUCUGUGGCCACUGAUGACAGGCGCAGUGCAACUGAGCUCCUGAAGCAGAUCAGGCAGCAUGCUCAUGCCAAUGGUGAUGGUGAUCAGCGUUUGGCACACUGCUUCGCCAACGGCCUCGAGGCGAGGCUGGCAGGUACUGGUAGUCAAAUUUACAAGAACUACACGAUAACUCGGCUUCCAUGCACUGAUGUGCUGAAAGCGUACCAGCUUUAUUUGGCAGCUUGCCCAUUUAAGAAGAUCUCUCAUUACUUUGCCAAUCAAACAAUUUUGAAUGCUGUGGAGAAGGCCAAGAAAGUUCACAUUGUCGAUUAUGGCAUAUACUAUGGAUUUCAGUGGCCGUGUCUUAUUCAGCGGCUAUCUAACAGGCCUGGAGGCCCACCAAAGCUUAGGAUCACUGGAAUUGACACACCUCAGCCUGGUUUCCGCCCAGCAGAACGCACAGAGGAGACGGGGAGAUAUCUAAGUGAUUAUGCUCAGACCUUCAAUGUUCCUUUUGAAUUCCAAGCUAUUGCGUCUCGAUUUGAGGCUGUCCGGAUGGAGGAUCUCCACAUUGAGGAGGAUGAGGUUCUGAUUGUCAACUGCAUGUUCAAAUUCAAGAAUUUGAUGGAUGAGAGUGUGGUGGCUGAGAGUCCAAGGAACAUGGCAUUGAAGACAAUUAGGAAGAUGAACCCACAUGUGUUCAUUCAUGGGGUGGUGAAUGGAUCUUACAAUGCACCAUUUUUUGUGACACGCUUCCGGGAGGCCUUGUUCCACUAUUCUGCUAUCUUCGACAUGUUGGAGACUAACAUUCCCAAGGAUAAUGAGCAGAGGUUGCUCAUUGAGUCUGCUCUAUUUAGCCGGGAGGCAAUCAAUGUGAUCUCUUGUGAGGGACUGGAGAGGAUGGAGAGGCCAGAGACAUACAAGCAAUGGCAGGUACGGAACCAGAGGGUUGGGUUCAAGCAGUUGCCAUUGAACCAGGAUAUGAUGAAGCGUGCGCGGGAGAAGGUCAGGUGCUACCACAAGGACUUCAUCAUCGAUGAGGACAACAGGUGGUUACUACAAGGAUGGAAAGGGCGCAUUUUGUUCGCACUGUCGACAUGGAAGCCAGAUAAUCGAUCAUCUUCAUAGCUUGUUCAGCUCUAAUUAUUGCAUGAUAUUGUAAAUGUAGACCUGUUCAUAUUUUUUUGGGGGGCAUUUGGACCGAUUGUUCCUGGUAGGCAAUAUAUUGCUAGGUAUGUUAUUUGAACAACCAAGUAAUGGGAAACUUCUGCUUAGGAAUUGUCUUAUAUGAUGAUCUGGUUCAUCUCUGUCCGUACAUAAGAUGAACCCGCCUGUUCCUAGAAUCUCUGCACAUUUGUUGUGAUCAUUAUUGUUGCUUCCGACGGGAACAGUUGGUUCAAUUUUGGUGGAGCUGCUAGAUAUGUUGAAGUUGUAGACCUUGGGUUGUCUUAUGUAUGGAUGAGCCUUGUACAGUAUUUCUUCCAAACAUUCAGUACUUGUCACUAAGUUCUGGUUCUGGAUAAUCUAUCAUGCACGUGCAUUCUCUA